AUAAGUGCAAAGUCAUCGAAAUUCAAAUUACCCCAACGAUUUGUGAGCAACAAUGUACCGGUUACGUAAGUGACAAACUUUCCGAUUGCGUAACUGUAUGGUUAAUGUUCAACCUAUUAAAAUCAUUGAAUAUUACAGGAUAGAGUAUGGCCAAUUCGAAACAAAAUACAAUUUAAUAAAUCUUGCCCACGGUUCGCCCGAUUUCCUUCCUCCAAUAUUCAUGAGAAAUGCUUUACUCAAUCUAACGAUAAGCAAUGACACCUCCAUAAAUCAAUAUUCGAACAAUUAUGGCCAUUUAUUACUUCGAAAAUCAAUCGCGCACUUAUACUCCGAACUUAUUAAUCGUAAUUUGAAUCCUGAGAAUAACGUAAUUGUCACGACGGGAGCGACGGAGGCUUUAUACGUGACAUUGCAAGCUCACACAUCGCCCCAGGACGAGUGGAUUAUAAUGGAGCCUUCGCUCGAUUUCUAUGGCAAUAUUGUAAGGAUGGCAGGAGGUACACCUACGUACAUACAACUAUAUCAGAUGAAUGGGUCUGGAGGACGAGUUAGCUCGCGCGAUUGGAUGUACGAUAAGAAAGAGAUGGCAAGAUUAUUUAAUAAGCAUACGAAGGGCAUCAUAAUAAAUAAUCCUCAUAAUCCAACUGGCAAAGUCUUUAGCAAAGAGGAAUUGCAAUUCAUUGCCGAUUUGGCGGUAAAGUGGAAUACAAUUAUAAUCGCUGAUGAAGUAUACGAAUGGUUUAUCUAUGAGUCGAAUAAUCAUAUUCGAAUGGCUACAAUACCAAACAUGUUCGAGCGCACCAUUACAAUUUGUUCGGCGAGUAAAACAUUCUCCGUAAAUGGCUGGAGGAUUGGUUGGAUUUACGGUCCGUCGGAAUUAUUAAACAAUUUGAGAAUUGUACAUCCAAAUGUCGUUCACAGUAGUCCGUCCCUCGCUCAGGUGGCAGUGGCUGCGGCGAUAAACGAAUGCCUCGAGGAUUUCGAGCGCGAGGAAUCUUACCUGGAGAACAACUCGAGGUGGAUGCACGCGAAGAGGAACAAAUUACUGGAGCUGCUCUGGGAGAUCGGCAUGACACCGGUAAUCCCCGAAGGCGGUCACUUCGUCAUAGCCAAUUGGACGGGCUUGGACUUGAAGGCGAACCUUGAAGAGGACGUGGACGAGUUCCUGGAUUACAGGUUUACCAAAUGGCUAGCCCGGAACGUUGGAGUAUUGGCGUUGCCCGUGUCGUCCUUUUAUAGCGACGAAAACAAGUACUUGGGGGAGAGUUUCGUGCGAUUUUGCUUUGUAAAGAAAAAUAAAACUCUCGAAAAAGCAGCAAAAUUACUUAUGGAAUGGAUUCAAUGGUAAUUCAACGUAAUGGCGAAGCUUCAAGAAUAUUAAGAAGACCGAUCCAAUCCUAAU